AUCAUCGAUCGGUGUGCGUAAUCAGCGUAGUUAUGGACGAGAAAUUAAUUGAAGCGGUUAAAAAUUAUCCAUGUUUAUGGGACAUUUCUUCAAAAUAUUACAAAUGUAACGAAACAAAGGAUGCUGCAUGGGGUGAAAUUGUGGAAGAAAUAAAGUUUAGAGACGUUGUUUCAGUUCAAAGCGCAAAAUCUCGUUGGAAACAGCUACGGGACAGCCAUCGCGACGCCCUUAAGAGGCAGAAAACAAAAAAAAGCGGACAGUCUCCACGAAAAAUACGUGAAUGGAAGUAUCAAAAGAUCAUGGAAUACCUUUUGCCGUACAUGUCAAAUAGAGAGAGGGACUCAAGUUUGGAGAAUACUAUUCUAUCACAAAAAACAGAUGAUUCAAGUUCUCAAACUUCCAAUAAAAGCAACGAUGAUUUAAGUCUGCGAAGUGAAAUAGCGUCUCAAAAUUCCAAUAAAAGCAACGAUGAUUUAAGUCUGCGAACUAAAAUAGCGUCAACGUCCGAUGUUUCAUCCUCAUCAAAGAAGAAAAAAGAAGAUGAUUUAUCAUGCAUAUUGAAUAGACAUCUAGAAAAUCAGGAAAAUUUUCGAAAAGAAAGACAAGAAUUAAAAGAAUUCUUAAAACCAACGGAUCACGAUGAUAUUGAUUUGUUCUUUCUUUCAAUGGCAAAAACAUAUAAAAAACUACCUGAUUAUCUACAAGUUCCUUUAAAAAGGAAACUUUUUAAUAUUAUAUCCGAAACUGAGGAAUCUUACGUAAUGUCAUGGUAUAAUCCAAAUGGUGGUUAUAAUGGUGGUUAUUCUACUUGCUCUGGUAGCGAUACAAAUAACAUGAUAGGCCGGAUGGAAACACCGUCGUUACAACUGGAAUCUGAAUUGACUAAUAACGUGGUAGGCCAGAUGGAAACACCGUCGGAAUCUGAAGCUACUAGCAUGCUGCCAAAACCAACACCACUGGGAUCAGAAAAAAACCAUUUCCCGUGAAGAAUAUAAUUGAUUACAUCUUCUAUUAUAAUAAAUGAUUAUUUUUUGUACUAAUUACUACGAUUUAAUAAAAACAAACGA